CGAAUUGGACGGUACGUACACAUAUAUGUUAGAUCCAACACCAGGCAUGGGAUCACUGAUUUCAAAUGUAGAGGUUGAUUUGAAAUCUGAGAUGUCUUCCAUCACUACUAAUCGGUUGAAACAUAUUCGACUUUUAGGACCAGAGAUAUGAGAUGCAUUUUCCAGCAUCAUUUAGUAAAAGGGUUUAGUGGAAAUACGCAAUAUCGAAAAGGGGAACAAAAUGGCAGAUCAGGAAAGAACAAGUCUAUUGAAAACGCAAACGAGACAACCUUCAAGUCUACCACACUGUAAAGUGGCAUUGGCUGUCGUUUUGCUUGGAGUUGUCGUAAUAUUUAUACUCGUCGGUGUCCAUACUGCUGACUUAAUGUCCGGUGCUGUCACAUCCGGUACAGGCGCACUCUCUGCAAAAAGUCCAACUUUGCAGCACAUUGACCCAUUUUCACACUCAUUCCAAGCCAAAUUGAAGUUAUUAAAGCAACCAGAAGCAGGAACAGAAAAUACAAAUACGUGGAUUGAUGUUCACUGGAACUCGGACACACACACCUUUACCUAUCAAGAAACUCGAACAAGUAAUUCCAGUUCAUCUGUACAUGUAGAUCAAGUCAUUACCAGAUUCAUAUAUGCCAAACAUUCCGCAGUAUUGGGUGUGAUAUACGGCAAGGAAGAACAAUGGUUUUGUCAGAACGACAUAGAGUCAGUCAAAUGGCUCAUGGUGAUUGAAAUCGUUCUUCAAAAACAAGCAAUGUUGUACACUAAUGGAACAGGUGUAAAUAAUCCCUCUUGUUCCGGAAACAAGUUAUACACCACUGCUGCAGGUCAAACUAUAGAUUUGUGUAUACACGGGUCACAAUUGGUGUACAUCGGCCAUCAAGGAACACGUGCCAUAGUAACAGAGUGGAAAACGGGUUCAUCUAACAUGAUUAUUUUACCUCAAAAGUUAGAAGAAUGUAAUGUCACUUUUCCGGAUAUAUCACAUUUAGAAGAAAUGUCUGCUGCGACAGAAAAUUUUAUACCGAAAUCCAGACCGUCAUUAUUAAACAGAAAACCAAAGAAACAUUGUUUGUUUGUUCACGGAGCUGGUGAACACCCGCCAACAGAUACUUAUCUGGAUAAGAAAACUUUGCCGAGUUACUGGGGACACAUUGAACAGUACACUCCACAAUGCCUUACACGCAGAUUCAUGUGGUACAACAGUAUAGAACGUGGAUGGGACGAUAUACAAUCACAUGAGAUGUUUUGUGAGUUUGCCCUCGGUAAUUCAACGAGACCGAUUUCAAAUACAGUAAUCUAUUCCCAUUCCAUGGGAAACCUGGUGGUGGCUGCGGCAUUCCACAGACGCAUUUGUAAAUUUGACCACCGGACAAGUAUUUGGUACUCUAUACAAGCGCCCUGGAGAGGUAGCAAGGUUUCUGACGAACUUCAAUAUCUUUGCUCAAGGAAGGAUUUAAAAACAAAAGUAACAUACCUCGUAUUAGAGGAGCUAAACUAUUGUAAACCAAAAAGCGACCGUCCUUCACAGGCUUACGUUUCACUAAAAACUUCAUACCAGUCUCCAACUGGUGUAUCUUAUAACGAUCUUAUACGAACGGCGCGGCGUCUUAUAUCUGGUGCUGUGUGCGGUACUAGCGCAUUCGGAAUGGAUCUGUCUUUUUCCAUGAGUGCACGCCUACAUCUUGUGUCAGCUUUCACACAAUUAUCUCUUCCAAACGAUGGUCUAGUGGCAUUUGACAGCUGUGAGAUAAAGGGCAAUUUUGACAUAAAACCAACCAGUCAUUACUACAGAGGGCAUUUCAAUCACGCUGAAGGCACCUGUCGAUUCGGCGAGAGUCAUACUUUUAUGAGACCCCAGCAACACCCUUGUUUAUGGUAUGAUAAAUGAUGACCUCUUCCUCUCGAGGAUGUGAAAACUCAACAUUCCGUUACUCCAUUGGACUUCCUAAGAUCUACUUGUUUCCUUUCUGAACUGCCCGCUGCUUCUAUAUAUGAAAAAAAUAUAUAUGUUGUGCCCGGUCUAAUAUGAAUGUGAUUCCUGAGUUUUGAUAUUUAUUUACUGUAUAGUUGUUAUAAUGCAUAAUUAUAUUAUUUAUUGCAGAUGAAGCCAAGAUUUAUGGCAUUGUGAGAUGAAAAUGUUUUUGAUAUAUUUUGUAGACGGAAAUCUCCUUCUAGAAACUUAUUUAUUUGAUAAACUUUGUGAAGAGAAA